AUGGUCCACCUCGCUUCUUCGAACCAACAACAAGAGCCGAGUCAUACCCCCUUUGGCGGCGGCGGUGGUGAAGUUGCCCCGAGCAGCACCGAGUUCGGCGUCGUAGGCACGGGUAAUCGGAAACAGCUCUCGGGCCGUGACCUCGAUGCGCUCGAAAAGGCGGGAGGAGUGGACGCGGGAGCCGAUGCAUCAGAACAUCGAUCAUUGAGGGUCGCCAUCGUCACUGAGAACUUUUUGCCCAAGGUGAGCGAGAUCACGUCCCGGCGAAUGGCCAGGGAGGAACUUUUCGCGCGGGCAUCGCAAGAGAGGGCGCGCGCACGCUGGUUCUACCUGAUUGACACUUGGGACAAAAAUGCAUGGUUUUCGGGGGCGGCAAUGACAGGUCGAUGGGGUGACUCGCACGCUCGCAAUGCUGCUCGAACAUUUACAGAAAGAGGGUCACGAGGCGAUCGUACUUGGCCCUGACAGCGGAAUGGUGAGUGGGGCUGUACAGGCAGCCAGUCUCGUUGGGCUUGACGCGCUUGACGUGAGACAAAGAAUCGACCCCCCCACGCUCAGGAGCCGCGGGCACCCGAGGCCCCUGAAACCGGGGUUGCUCCCCAGAACUGACCCUAACCCUGCACCUUCACUCCUGUUCAUUGGCGAUCGCAUCCCCCCUUUGACAUUCCUGCAUUCCUCAAGACAUCGUAUGCAGGACAUGAAGUCGUUGGAACGAGAGGUCUGCCCUUGCUGGGUGUUUACAAGGGUUUGGCCCUCAAUUUCAUCCGCCCGCGCUUCAUCACGAAGCUGCGCGAAUUCGAACCCGACGUCAUUCAAUUCGUCGACCCCAUCUGGCUGUGCGCGCAGUGAGUUUGUUUGGUCCUUUUCGUGUCUGCUUUCGAUCCCGGAUAUACACUCACUGACUCUGACUUUUGUGGGGCCGUCCUCAGAGUUAUUCCCGUCGUUCAGUACUACCUCCCCGACGUUCCUCUCCUCACCUCUUACCACACCAAUCUCGCGAUGUAUGCGACGCUUUUCGGGUUUGCGUGGCUCACACCCACGAUGUGGCGUCUCCAAGUGGGUGGUCCUAGGCUAGAGCUCUCUGUCUCGAAGGACGUGGCUGACGUUUCACGGCAUUGCUCGGCACCCGCCCGCGGUCCACCGCAGCGAAAUCUGCACAGCCGAUGCCGCCUGACCUUUUGCCCCUCCCAAAGCACGGCACGGAUGCUCACGUCCCAGGGCUUCAAUAAUGUGCGACUUUGGCCACGAGUAAGCCGGAAUACCUGUGCAGUGAUGAAAAUAACACGUCUUCUGACGGGCAGGAUCUGCAUGAUGCCACUGCAGGGCGUGAACACGAGGCUCUUCCGACCAGAAGCCCGAGACUUUACACUGCGCCAAUCGUGGUCGGCCGAGCCCGAGUCGUCUCGCUUGUCGUCGUCGUCGUCGGACUCGAUCUCUUCGUCCUUCGCCUCGCCUCGCUCUUCCCUCGAUUCGAGUCCGCCGUCGUAUUCGUCCUCUGUCGCCCGGUCCCCGCAGAGCAAAGUCGUCUUGCUCUAUGUCGGCCGCAUCUCGUGGGAAAAGAAUCUGCGCUUGCUCGUGGAAGCCUUCCGAGGGCUCGAAAAGCCGUCCACGGAUGGUACCCGACCCGCGUGUCAGCUCGUCUUUGUCGGAGAUGGUCCUUCUCGGCCCGAACUUGAAAACCUCUGCGCGCAGUACGGGCUCGGUGCGGUCUUUAUGGGGUACCGCAAGGGCGAAGAACUCGCGGCGGCGUACGCGAGCGCCGACAUCUUUGCCUUUCCGAGCUGGUGAGCGCUUCCCUAUUGGCCCACCCUAGCCGGGAGAAUUCGGGAACUCAUUAUCUCGAUCUCCAUGAUCCAGGACCGAAACCUUUGGCCAGGUCGUACUCGAAUCCCUCGCUUCGGGCUUACCCGUCGUGGGGCUGCGCGCCGAGGGCGUGUGUGACCUGGUCGAACACGGCAGGACCGGUGAGUCGGCAAAUUCUUGAAACGCAGAAUGCCGCUGAAGAGUGUUGGGCUUGCACUGACCGUAGUUCGGUUCAGGCCUUUUGCUGGAUCUUGACGAACUUCUGCCGGCUUCUCAGCGGCCUGCGCCCCUAAAGGAUCCCAACGAGAUCAAGCCGCUUCCAGCGAACCCCCACAGACUCGUGGGAUCGUCCUCAGCGACGUUCCCGCUGGCCGUAUCCAUGUACCGCCAGAUGUUGGUCGAGCUGGCUUCUGAUCAUGCCCGGCGAUGGACCAUGGGCCAAGCGGCCCACAGCGACGCGUCGACGCGAUCUUGGCACGCCGCGAUGGAGAUGCUCGUCGACGGGUACCGAGAGCUCGCCCGUUCCGCCGCAGGUGGGCCAAAACAGAUCGAUCACGACAAAAGCGCUUUGGGGCUCUCAAGGACGUCAACACUCGAUCUGGACAUUGUGUGUGGGGACACCGCAGGGCCCUUCGUCUCGGAGCUACCGGACUCGGAAUGUGGAACUCACAAAGCGACGACUGCUUCAGCGGUGCGACGACCAAAACGGAUGUUGCGCUUGGGUGGGGUGCUGCGCAGGACAGGUGGUCGAUUCAGAGAAGGCUCCCUGGGAGGGGCACAAACCAUUCCAUCGUGGCUCGGUGGGGUCUCGGACGCGACAUCGUCGUCUCCCAGUGCGGUCUCGCAGAUGGGUUCACAUAUUCGCCUCGUCACUGAAAGGAAGCGAACGGGUUCGCUGCAAGCCAUUGGGUGGAUUAUUCUCAAAGUCGUAGCUUUCAGCUGGAUAGUCUACACGAUGGCGCAGUACGUGCUAGCAACCGAAACGAUGCGUAGGAUCACGGUGGUUGCGCAGUAG